CUACCAGCUGUGUGUGAAACCUGGCGCACAAGUCUGACCUGGAACAUGGAGCCAAACAACAGAACAACAUAUACGGUAACAGAAUUCCUCAUCACAGGAUUGGAUGAUGUGCAACACCCAAAGCUGGUGGGAGCAGCCAUUUUGUUCGUCCUCUUUCUCAUUCUGAUCGGAAGCAUCACCAACAUUUGUGUCAUAGCAUUCAACAAGCCUCUACAUACCCCCAUGUACUUUUUUAUUUGCUCGCUGGCAGUGGUAGACAUUGUCUACACCAGCAGCAUUAGUGUUACAAUGCUUAACGUUCUCCUUGGUGAGGAGAGAAGAGUCCCCUAUGCACCCUGCAUGAUACAGUGCUUCCUAUUUCAUUUAGGAAGCACUAUGGAACCCUUCGCUAUUGCUCUGAUGGCUUAUGAUCGCCUUAUUGCAAUUUCAUAUCCUCUUCGAUAUCAGACUAUCUUAACUAAUACAAAUGUAUGUUUACUUAUAAUGGCGACUUGGGCAGUAGGCUGCAUAUUUGCUAGUUUGUGGACUGGCAUAGUGAACAAUCUGCCCUUUUGUGGCUCAAAUAAACUCCCAUACAGCUUUUGUGAAUAUGCAGCCUUAGUAAGAGCAGCAUGUGUGAAUCCUACAUUUUAUUUCAGUGUAGCUUCUACUGUGGCAACUACCAUAUUAUGGGUUAAUUUAGCCUUGAUAAUCUUCUCAUACAUGAAGAUAGUUUAUGAAGUGAUGCAAAUGUCUUCAUCCAAAGACAGGAAGAAAACAUUUAACACCUGUGUCUCCCACAUGAUAGUGGUGGCUUGCUUCUUUAUCCCCAAGGUGUUGUUAAUAUUGGUCACCAGGGUUGGUUUGGUUCUCACGCUCUCUCACAGAAAUGGCCUAAUCAUUGGCUCUACUCUGGGCCCCUCUCUUGUGAACCCACUUGUGUAUUGUCUCAAAACCAAGGAGAUUCGAGGGCGCCUGAAAAAUAUUUUCAAGAGAUCUGAAAUUAAUCCAAAUAUGUAACGGUUAGGGUUACCAAAGCCAUUUCUUUUUUCUUGCUUGUUCCAAGCAAAAGUGGUUGAGUCAAUAUUGUUUCCAUGUUAUAUCACCAUCAAUGUAAUCAUGUUAAAUCAAUGUUGAGCUUUGAUUGAAUUUGCGAAAAAGCCAUCAGUUGUAUUUAUCUCAUUUUAAACUGUCAGGUUUCAACUGUGAAUCAACAAUAGAGUGUCAAGAUUUGGUUGAUUUAGAUCACAGGUGUCAAACUCAU